CUGCUUCCCACUCUCAUGGCCACACCGCGACCUUCCUCCUCGGAUGACAACGAUAGGCCCACUAAGAAGGCAAAGGUUGCCCCAGGGGCUGAAAAUGCAAGUGAACUUGUGGAGGAUCAGGCCGAAGACGAUUUUGACGACGAGGAAAUGGUUGGGACCGGAGCCACCGAAGUUCGCGCGUCCGACCUAUAUCUAGACACGAUAAAUCGCGCUGCUCUCGAUUUUGACUUCGAGAAAGUGUGCUCGGUUUCGUUGUCGAAUAUCAACAUCUACGGUUGUCUCGUUUGCGGCAAGUAUUUUCAGGGACGCGGUCGCAAAUCGUACGCCUAUUCCCAUUCCAUCCACGAAGACCACCACGUUUUUAUCAACCUUCAGACACGGCAGGUUUAUGUCCUUCCCGACGGUUACCCUGUCUCGGACCCUUCGUUGGAAGAUAUCGCUUUCGUCUUGUCGCCGACCUUUACACCCGCGACCAUAGCAAAUCUCAGCUCUGCGACACAUCCUGGAAAGCUUUCCUACGAUCUCAACAAUGAGGCGUACUUGCCUGGCUACGUUGGGCUGAACAACAUCAAAAAGAAUGAUCAUCUUAACGUGACCAUACACUCGCUCCUCCACAUACCGCCUCUCCGAGACCAUCUACUGCUUUCGGACUUUCGCGGGAAGGAAAGCGAGCUCUUGAAACGCUUUGCUGGGCUGGCCAAGAAGAUAUGGAACCCCCGCCUGUUCAAGAGCCAGGUCAGUCCGCACGAAUUCUUGCAGGAAGUCAACAGGGCCAGCGCGGGGAAGUUCCGUCUGGAACAGCAAGGAGACCCGGUGGAGUUCCUGGGAUGGCUGUUGAAUCGGCUACACAAGGAUUUUGGAGGAACCAAGCGGAAAAACUCGAGCAUCAUCUUCUCGACUUUCCAGGGCGAACUGCGGAUGGAAACGCAACAAGUUCUCCGCUCUGAUGUCGGUGAAGACGAAAAGCCCAGGUUCGACAUCGGUCGAGAAACUUCGUCAUCUACGUCGCCGUUCCUGUUUUUGGCGCUCGACCUCCCCCCGCCGCCCUUGUUUCAAGAUGCCGUAGAGAAGAAUAUCAUACCUCAAGUCAACAUUCACUCGAUACUUGCCAAAUUUGACGGCAGCUCAACUCAGGAAUCUGCUGGGCAGUUGCGGAGGUACAAAUGCCAACGGCUACCUCCUUACAUCAUCACUCACAUCAAGAGAUUCACCAAAAAUCAAUUCGUUGAGGAGAAGAAUCCUACGAUCGUCAACUUCCCUUUGCGUGGCUUGGAUUUUGGGGAUUAUGUGGAUACCCCCAGCUCCGGCGAAUCAACGGUCUACGAUCUAAUAGCCAAUGUGACGCACGAAUCAGUCGCCGGCACGACCAGAGACAAGGAGAGCACUGUGUGGAAACUCCACCUCCGUGCGUCCGGUGGCGGCGGAGAGAACGAAAAGUGGUUCCUGAUCCAAGAUCUCAUCGUCGAGGAGGCCCGCAAAGAGAUGAUCUUUUUGGGAGAAACAAUCUUGCAGAUCUGGGAGCGGCGAGUCAGUGAGCCGUCCAAAUCCAUGGAUGUAGAUAGAUGAAAUACCGUGUUCUACUACCUACCCAGCACUGUCUAUCUAUGCUACGUCGGCGGCCUGGUUGUUCUGCGGACCACCCUCGGUAGAAUUGGUCUCUUUCGCCCUGGGCUCUAGAGCGUCCUGUGGUUUCGUCUGCUGCUGCCCGGGCGCCGCUUGUUGUGAUCUUGAGUUCGCACAGCAGAGUUCACGGAAGUAAGAACGAGGACACAGCGGCUGAGGCUAUCUGACCUUUCGAGAUUCAUCUGCUGGAUGAGCGGGUACAUCGUAUAGACCGCAAUCCCGGCUCCUAGUUCCGAAGUGUCAUGGCGUGCUUUGACUGUAAACUAGCAGGGAUGGUGGUUACCAGUGACUGCUGCGAUGAGAUACUGCCCGCCUGAUCGUUGCAUGUCGGUGAUAGUCAAAGGGCGACCACGGGAGAUGCUUCCCCUAGUUGAUCGGGAGCGUGACGAGAUGGUAGUGCAGAUUUGUUCUGUGUGAGAGCAAUUGCUGCCACGAGAUGUUGCUGCGAACGUUGAGGUGAACCCGGUGAGACGAAUGAAGGGCGAAGAGUGCACGUGGCCGCGCCCGGAAUAAGUCCACGUGUCUGUCACCUGAUUUCCAUCCGUGGCUGACGUCAUAAUGCCCCGCGUUUUUUCGAAAAUCGAACGCGUGUUUGGGAGGGAGACAGCCUGGACCUCAUUGGUGCGGGAGACACGGAAAACAGAAAGAACUGGCCGGAAUGCAGAAUAUUCAGAUAUUUUGCCGAACGGCUCACGUCUCCACGUAAAGUUAUAAGUAGAUCUGUGGGAAACACAAUCGAAUUAUGGAAGUUUUCAUAGCAGCAUUCUCGGCUCCCCGGUUGCAGAAGUACUACGGAGUUCCACGCCACAGCUCGUUGAACGCCUGGUGGGGCAGGUCAUUCACUCGAUGCCGAUGUUC